GUGAAGUCUGGAAUUUGUGAGAUCCAAGCAGCUUGGAUGGAGACAAAGAGCAAGGUGACACCCCAGUUGAUGAUGGCUGUCGGAACAGCUGUGAUUGGCUCGUUCCAGUUUGGCUACAACACUGGUGUCAUCAAUGCUCCUCAGAAUAUCAUUGAGAGCUUCUACAAUGAGACAUGGAGCAGCAGGUUUUCAGAGCCUAUCUCUCGAACAACUCUAACAGCUCUAUGGUCGCUCUCUGUGGCCAUUUUCUCUGUGGGAGGAAUGUUCGGCUCCUUCUCUGUUGGUCUCUUUGUCAACCGCUUCGGCAGGCGGAACUCUAUGCUCAUGGCCAAUGUGCUCUCCUUUAUUGCUGCUGCGUUUAUGGGCUUUUCCAAGCUGGCUUCUUCCUUUGAGAUGCUCAUCACUGGACGUUUAAUAGUGGGUCUGUACUCUGGCCUCUCCACUGGUUUUGUGCCCAUUUAUGUUGAGGAAAUCUCCCCCACAGGUCUCCGUGGAGCAUUAGGUACUCUGCAUCAGCUUGGUGUAGUGAUCGGCAUUCUUGUAGCACAGAUCUUUGGGAUUGAAUCCAUCAUGGGAAAUGCCUCCCUGUGGCCCCUCCUGUUGGGUUUUACUCUGUUGCCGGCUUUUCUGCAAUGUGUCCUGCUGCCACUCUGCCCUGAGAGCCCCCGGUACCUCUUUAUCAACUGCAAUGAGGAGAGCAAAGCCUGCAGCAUCUUGGUGAAGCUGCGGGGCACUGAUGAAGUGAAUGAGGACAUGCAGGAGAUGAGAGAGGAGAGCCAGCAGAUGAUGAGGGAGAAGAAGGUGACCAUCCCUGAGCUGUUCCGCUCCCCCAACUACCGUCAGCCUAUCUUUGUUGCCAUCAUGCUGCAACUCUCACAGCAGUUGUCUGGAAUUAAUGCUGUGUUUUACUACUCAACUGGGAUCUUUGAGCGUGCCGGAGUGUCCCAGCCUGUCUAUGCAACCAUUGGAACAGGAGUGGUCAACACUGCCUUCACUGUGGUUUCUUUGUUUUUGGUGGAGCGUAUGGGCAGGAGAUCACUUCACCUUAUCGGUUUGAUGGGAAUGGCGGUUUCAGCAGUAUUUUUAACUCUUGCCAUGGCAUUGUUGGACCAGCAUAGGUGGAUGUCCUAUGUCAGCACUGUGGCCAUCUUCAGUUUUGUUGCCUUUUUUGAAAUUGGCCCCGGCCCAAUCCCCUGGUUUAUUGUGGCUGAGCUCUUCAGCCAGGGGCCUCGGCCUGCUGCCAUUGCAGUUGCUGGUUUCUCCAAUUGGUCUGCCAACUUCUUAGUGGGGAUGUCCUUCCAGUAUGUUGAACAACUCUGUGGCCCUUAUGUCUUCAUCAUUUUCACCGUCCUGCUGCUCGGCUUCUACGUAUUCACAUACUUCAAGGUGCCAGAGACCAAGGGCCGUACCUUUGAUGAGAUUGCAGCGGGUUUCUGCGAGUCAGCUAGUCAGCGUGCUGACAAGUACUCGGCCCCUAAAGAGUUCAACACCCUCAGAGGGGAUGACCCUGACCUUUGAAAGCUGCCAUACAUGCACAUGCUGAUGUUCCACUUGAGGAAACAGGUCCAGAUCAGAGCAGAAAAUGUGACUGCAGGAAACUCUGGCUCUGCCCCGGUUCUUUCUAGAACUUCCCAGCUGUCUGUUGGCAAGCAGCCAACUGUUCGUCCCACUUGUUCGUCUUUAAGUUGGACAGACUGAUGGCUACAGUAACACACGAUUGCAUCUUGACAAGACCAAAUGUUUCAAAGCUACAAUACAACUGUUACACAAUCUAUAGAUGUAUCUGACAUAACAUGAUUCCGGCCCAGUCAUUUAUAAUGUUACUUUAUUGAAUGUACAGAAUGAACAUCAGCAUCCAUCUUACAUUUAGGCUACAUACUUUAUUCAUAGUUACAGUACAUAUAUUCCUGCACUUAAAAACUUAUUCAUACAAAUGCAUAAAUUAAAUAUGUUGAAAUACUUAUAUUAUAUGCAUAUAUUUUUCAGUUUCUUAAUCCAUAAUAAGAUUUAUACAGUUAUG